UCCUGCCCUCCGCAACCUAUGGUUGUCGGUUUUCGAGGUCACAGUCUCGGCGAUCCUCUCUGUUUUCUGGCAUGUCUUAUCGGUUUUAUCUAUGGCUUUCUUGUUUUGUUGCCUCCCUUCUUUUCUCCUCCUCCUUAUUGCCCUUGCUUCUUUUUCUAAUUUCAUUUCUGCAGUCCUUUUCCCUAAGUUCAUUCUUCCCUUUUUUCCUUUGCCUACACCUCCAUCUCCGACCCCUUUUAAUCCCUAUCAAAAAUCAGAUCUUCGAGUUUUGGACUCGAUUUCGGAGGUAGAUCUUUACCUCAUUGCUCCCUGCUUUACUAGCAUGCCAGAAAUUUUGGGCGAAGUGUUCUGCAGCAUGGUCGGAGUAAGGGUGUUUUACACAUCCCCUUGGCCCUCCCCACCCCCAUGUUAUGUCAACUUGGUUCUGUGAUGGAUAUUAGGUUUUAUUUCUUAUUGUUGUGUGUUUUCAAGUCUAUGUUGUUGUGGAAUUGGGCCUCCACUGUUUGUAUUGGGCCGUUGGUUGGCUUUAUAAAUUUUAAAUUUAAUGAAGUUAAGCUCUUCUCCAAAAAGAAAAUUCUUAAUGAAAUUCACUAUUAUUUUUGUUAAAAAAAAAAGGAGCUCUUUCUUUACCGAGACAAUCAAACACUUCAAACCAAAAAGAAAAAAAUGGGGCCACCGAAUACGAAAAAGUUCAACUUUGAGCAACUUCCCGUUUCCUGACCAAACGACUUAACGUGACGGAAUCCUUAUGUUACAAAGUAAAUUGGGGGCCCAGCUGCUCUCGAGCUCCUCGCCGGCGCUCUCGAAGCUGAAAACCCCGAAACUCUGUCUUCUCCGGCCAAUUUUCCGGCUCAACCUUCAAACCGGUGAGUCUCCUUUAUCUCCGGGAUAUAAGAUGUGCCGUCACAAUUCUUAUGCGCAUUUGCCGGUAGAGGAGGCGGUUGCGAUCGACGAGAGUCUUUUGAUAUAUUGCAAGCCGGUUGAGCUCUACAACAUUCUUCGCCCUCGUGCUUUACACAAUCCAUUAUUUCUUCGCAGAUGUUUGCAUUACAAAAUCCAAGCAAGGCGUAGAAAGAGCAUGUUAUUUUGUAGGUCCAGGGCUGCGAUUGUUAUAUUCAACUACAGGGACUACAACAACACUUUAUGUAAAACUGAAGUUACUGAGGACUUCUCCUGUCCCUUUUGCUUGAUGCAAUGUGCAAGCUUCAAGGGUCUGCGUUAUCACUUGUGCUCUUCACAUGACUUAUUCAACUUUGAGUUUUGGGUAACUGGAGAGUAUCAGGCAGUCAACGUUUCCGUGAAAGUUGACAUAUUGAGAUCUGAGACAGUAGCAGAUGGAGUAGUUCCACAACUUCAAACAUUCUUCUUCUGUUCAAGGUCAAGAAAACAUAGGCCAAAGAACCAUGGUCAACUUGAAAACCACGUUCAUAUACAAUUCUUGGAGUUAGACUCACCUAGCCUUGCCAAUGGAGGGGCACAGGAGGGACAUUUGGAGAAUGGUGAUGUUGUGAAGGCUCCCAAUCUGCUCCGCAGUGGAAAAGGUUCCCAAAAUGGAAGGCAUAGACAUGAAAACUGCGGUCAUGAUCAUCCUAGUUCUAUAGAAUGUAUAGAAUGUGCUACCUCAAUUUCCAAUGGUCCUGGUGCUACAAUUUCCAUUGCUCAAUCUUCUCCGGACCUUGAUUGUGUUAAAUUGCUAUCUGGAAGUGAUUAUGCACCACCAACUAAAACAAGGAAGUUAACUGCAGAGCGUUCAGAGCCAAGAAACCGUAUGCUCCUGCAGAAACGACAGUUCUUUCACUCUCAUAGAGUUCAGCCUAUGGAGUUAGAGCAAGUAUUAUCAGAUCGGGAUAGCGAAGAUGAAGUUGAUGAAGACAUUGCAGACCUUGAUGAUCGGAGGAUGCUUGAUGAUUUUGUAGAUGUUACCAAAGAUGAAAAGCAUCUUAUGCAUCUUUGGAACUCAUUUGUUCAAAAGCAAAGCGUGAUAGCAGAUGGUCAUGCUGCCUGGGCAUGCGAGGCAUUCUCAAGACUUCGUGCACCUGAGCUAAACUCGUCCCCCGCUCUUUUCUGCAGCACUGAAGCAGAGGGGUCAGUGAUAUUUGGAAGGAUGGCUAUUUCCUGCAUAUCAUUCUUUAAACGUGUUGGAGGUUAUUCAUGAUCAAACUUUGGAAUCACGGUCUUCUUGAUGCAUGCAUACUGAAUAGUUGCAACGUCAUUCUUGACGAGUACAAACACAAGGGAUCAGAAUCAUCGGAUGCCAUGAGAAGUUAAAGAAAAGGCGAUGGCUCAGCCCUAUAUGGUACAUAGUGAGAUGGAGAAUGCUAAUCAUGCUACAUUUAAUGUUCUUUUUCCCAUUGUUUAUCUUCUUUUUAAAUUUUUGUAACGACAUAUGGACCAGAAACAGAACUAAUCACGUUUCUUCAUGGGAGACUCGGUUUCAGACUCCAAUAUUAAUAUAACUUACUAUGAUCUUGUUACGUA